UCGAUUUAAUCAGUGUCAAUCGAUGCUUGUGAUUUGUGUAAUUAUAGCAGUGUUUGGAUAUAUCACUUAUACAAUAUUCAAGAUAAAGAUCGAAGAGUGGCUUGAAGAAGCAAAGUAUGUAACGAUACACGUGAUAAUUAUGAGUAAGUUAAGUCUAAAGAGACAUCAGUCCAUAAGUGAAGAAUCUCAGAAUGAAAGUUUUUGUUCAAAAAGUUCAAUCAAUAAUAUUGAAAUAACCAGCGAUGAAAGUGAUAACUUGCAAAAUAAUAAAAGAGUAAAAAGUGAAAAGAAAUCUACUUCUCCAUUGAUUUCAAAUGAAAACUAUGAUGAAAAGACUAGGAUGAAUAAGUUUCAACAAAGUACAGACAGUAUAGAGUCAAAUGAAGAUGAUACAGAAUCUAUGUUUCGUAUAAAUUCAAAGAUUUCAAUGUUUAAUUGGAGUAAACAAAAACCAAAAUUAAACGCAAGCAAUGUUGAAAAAUAUAGUGAUUCUGAUUCUUCUGAUAAAUAUACAUCUACGAUAUCUAAACGUAAACGUAAAUAUAAAAAGAAAAAACACAAGGAGAAACAUUUUAUAAAAAAGGAAGAUACUGAAGUAGAAAUACAACACGAGCUACUGAUAUCUGGUAUUAAAGUAAAACUACCUGUGAAGCCAUAUUCGUGCCAGGUUGCUGUAAUGAAUAAACUCAUACAAGGUUGUAUAAAAGGAGAGAACUGUCUUUUGGAAAGCCCAACAGGAAGUGGAAAAACCUUGGCUCUUCUCUGCGGUGUUCUGGCAUGGCACGAUCAUUACAUUGCCGAGAUAGACAAGAAGGCAAACAAAUUGGAAAAUGCCGGUACCCGAUACGAGGAUCUUCCACGAGAGGGUAAACGAACGACUUCGUGCGAGAACAAUGAAAAAGAUUGUUGCGAAGAAUCGAGUAAAAAGUGUACGGUUGAUUCCGACGUUGAUUCUUACGAGGAUUGCGAAGAUUUGUUCGAAGAUGCAAAAGGAAAAAAGUUAAAAGUGCCAAGAAUAUUUUAUGGCACGCGAACGCAUAAGCAAAUUGAACAAGUUGUGAAGGAAUUGAGGAAAACUUGUUAUAAACAUAAGAAAAUGACUAUUUUAAGCAGUAGAGAGUAUACUUGUAUACAAAAUACCACUAAAAAUAAAACCGAGCUUUGCAAUGAAUUAUUGGAUACUGCGAAGCACAAAGGGUGUCCAUAUUACAACGAAACUAAUAAAAAAACAAUUGGCACAUUCUGGGCGUUGGAAAGACUUGGUUUAAGACCGAUAUGGGAUAUCGAAGAUUUGGUGAAUAUUGGAAAGGACAAGGAAUCGUGUCCAUAUUUUGCAGCGAGAACCUUGAUGGACACUGCGGAUAUUAUUUUCUGUCCUUACAAUUAUAUCAUCGAUCCUAAUAUUCGGGAAAGCUUGCAACUGGAUAUGAAAGAUCAGGUGAUCAUCUUGGAUGAAGCUCAUAAUAUAGAAGAUAUUUCUAGAGAUGUUUCUAGUGUUGCUUUUCGCGAGGAUCAUCUUCAAGCUACUGCAUAUGAAUGUGAAACUCUUGCAAAACAGAGAGCUGAAGAUUUCGCGACUUAUGAUACUCUCAAAACGUUUCUUCUCGAACUGGUGGCAUUUUUAAAAGACAUGAGUCUUGACAAAGUCGAUUACAAUAAUGAGAAUCGUUCAAGUAAAUAUUGGACUGGUGUAGAAUUAGUACAAUUAUUUAAUAUGAAAGGUUUAAACGAGACUGUCCUUUCUACGUUUCUGAUGGCCUGCAAUAAAGCGAUUUCGGAUUUAAAUAAAGCAAAAGAAGACAAUAGAAUGUACAAAUCAAUAAUGAAACCAAUCAUAUCAUCUAGCACCAAAAUGACAAUUGAAAAUCUAAUGUACAGCAUAAGAAUGAUCACUUCUAAGGAAUACAAAAAUGAUUAUAGGGCAUGCGUGAUUGAGAACACAGUAAAAGAUUUCAAACAUGUAAGUGAAAACGCGUGGAUGUCGGUAAAGAAAUGUGAACAACGUGUACGAACCUUGAAAUUAGUGUGCAUGAAUCCUGGCGUGGCCUUUUCACCGCUCGCUCUAAAUGCUCGCUGUAUAAUACUCGCGUCCGGCACCCUGACGCCAACCACGUCAUUCCAAAGUGAAUUAGGAACGUCAUUCACGCACGUGCUAAACACUGGACACGUGAUACCUAAGGAACAAGUUUAUGCGACCUGUAUACCAAAAGGACCAAAUGGGAUACUGCUAAAAGCUAAUUACCAAAUUGUGAAUACUUGGCAAUUUCAGGAUGAAUUGGGCCAAGUGUUACUAGAUGUUUGCGAGUCGAUACCUCAUGGAAUCCUUUGUUUUUUCUCUUCCUACAACGUAAUGAACAUACAAAUGGAGAGAUGGAAACAAAAUUCUAUUUGGAGUAAAAUUACAAGUGUUAAAACUGUUUUCAUAGAACCUCGUCAUGGAGGCGGUCUUACUGAUAUUAUGAACGAAUACCGUGAAGUGAUAGAGUAUACUUCGACUGAACCAAAAGGAACAAUCACUGGAGCUCUAUUCUUGGCAGUUUUCAGGGGAAAAGUAGCAGAAGGAAUUGAUUUUAGGGAUAACGAAGCUCGUUGCGUAAUAACUGUUGGAAUACCAUAUGCAGUAAGAAAGGAUCCUGUAAUUGAUAUGAAAAUGACGUACAACGAUAUGAAUGUUUCGAAAGGAUUAUUGAGAGGUUCAGAAUGGUAUUCUAUUCAAGCUUACAGAGCUUUGAAUCAAGCAUUAGGACGUUGCUUGAGACACAUUCAUGAUUGGGGAGCAGUAUUGUUGGUAGAUGAAAGAUUCCUGGUGCCGCAAAACAAGGAGAAUCUUCCAAAAUGGGUCAAAUCAAUGUGGAUCAAACAAAAUGAAUAUGAUUUAAAAAGAAAUCUUAAAAAUUUUGUGGAAAAACAAAAGGCAAGAGAAAAUAAAGAAUAA